CCUUAAAGAAGAAGGAAUCCUACUCCAAUAAGGAGUUGGAAAUUCUCUUUGAGUUCUAUUCAAACAAGGAGAUAACAAUUUUGUUUAUUCCUUUCUAAGUUAGGAAUCUUACUGCAUUAAGAAAUAGUCAAGUCAAUUCCUACUAGGAAGUGCUUGAACUAAUCUGUUCGCUUUAAUUUAUUUAGGUUUCAAUCAUGUCAAGCGGUGAUGACAAAUCAACCACUAAAAGACACCAUGUGGAUGAAUCUCUCAUGCUCAAAGCAAUGCAACAACAAUUUCAGAGGCUGGACAUCAUGUUUGGUGUGAUUAAAGACAAUGGAGAAGCAAGAUGCAACUAUAGCCAAUUUAUACCAAAUACAGAAGGGAAGUCCGAAUUGUGUAGGAAUGAUGCUAAUGAUGGUCUCAAUGACGAUUAUGAAGAUGCAUUCAACAACGAUGCCCAGAACUCAAAUUUCAACAUGGACAGAUUUAUGAGAGGUAGAAGGGAUCAAAAAGGUAGGUUUAACCGAGGAGAGCAAAAUAUGACGAGGUGGGGAGAUCAGCAAGAUCGUGACUUAGGUAGCAUCAAGAUGAAGAUUCCUCCCUUGAUCUUAGUCGACAUAGAAAUUGAAAGCGUCUUUGAUGGGAAUCAAGACGACAGCAUAUCUACCACGUCAUGUGAUCCAUUACACACCCAAGGAGGUCCAGUCACGCGAGCUAGAGCUAAGAAGAUGCAUGAAGCUUUAAAUGGCCUUAUUGAGCAGAUAUGGGUUGAAAACAACAUACAACAAGCAAAUCGAAGCUUGGAUGAUUAUCAAGGCAUGAUAAACAUGAUUCAGGUUCAAGAGAAGCUUAAUUGAGGUCAUUUAUGCUAAAUUACACAGUUUGCGUCAAUCUCGCAAUUUUGUCGCAAUUUGUAACAAACUGAUAUUUCAUGUUACUUUAGGCUACUUUUAGUGAUUUUCACGUUUUUUAUAUUAUUUUGGGCUGAACAUUCAUUUAUUUAAGGCCCAAUUCGUGGUUAUUAUGAUUAGGGCUUAGGGUGUUAGUUUCCUAUUCUGAUUAGAAUUACUUUUC